UCUUCGCUAUAUAAGCAAACUAAUUUUGUAAAUAGAGGGUCCAUGACCUUCGGAAAUCUUUGCAAUGCUAUUGAAUGAAAUUUAACAACUUCAGAACUGAAAAGUGAUAAGUGAGUUUCCUCAAUAGAGCAUUGAACAUUUUGAAAAGCAAUAAAAGCAAAUAGAAGACAUAUAUUCAUACAUACAUACGAGCGUAUUUGUUAUUGGAAUGCAAACAAAUUAACAAUCAACACCCACAACAUUAACAUGUGCAAAAACAACAAGGGAAUAGCAACUGAACAAGAGUAAUAAUGCUCGCUGUUAAACAACAAAUAGACAAAUCAAGAAAAUAAGAAAAUAAAUAAACCAAUCAACAAGCAAACAUUACUAAAUAUAAAAAAAAAAAAAAAACUACUACUAACAAUAAUAAUAAUUGUGUGUGUGUGCGAAAAAGUGAAGAGUAAUAAAGUGCGGAAAAGUUGACAAAGCAGUGACAACAAGUGAUAAGCAAAGAGUGCUGAGAGGGGAGAGCGCAAACGAACGCAAGAUACGAGUACAUUCCUUUAGCUACUCGGCGGCGUUUAGAGGCAAUCCAACAUGCUGAUUCCUGUAAGUUGUCGUUGCAGUUUAAAUGCCGGCAGCCGAAUGGCUAUUAUUGAUUUGUUGUUGCCGCUCUUGCUGCUGUUGAACUAUGUCGGCCAUGGCACCUGCCAAGAUCGCCUCGUCUACUUCCCCAUGUCUGAAGUGAAGUUCAAUCUUCCAUUCAACGAGAAAUCUCAAAGUAUAUUUUCCAAAAUACCAAUUGGUCGCUUUCAAGUACUACGCGUUGGCAAUGAAAAAACUUUAGAGUAUCUGUAUGUUUUGGAAAAUAAUGAGCUCUUGCGUAUCAAUGGCAGCAGUGGUGAAGUUUUUAUGACCAAUGAUUAUCACACAGCACACAAAAAGACGAAACUCUUCUUAACUGCCAUUGCGCGUAACCCGCGCAAGGCGCUUAAUAACAUCCCACAAAUGACAUUGGAAGUGACGCCACAGGCAGAAGCCGAAUAUUGCAGCCAUUUGGAGAAUGUCUGCUUUUGGGCAGCAGCAAAAUACACGAUUGUCGAGAAUGCGACCACGAACGUUUCCUCCAAAGCAGGCGAUAUGGAUGCCUUUGAGCCGGUACGCGUGGGUACUUUAAAUCCUCGUGCCACACGCUAUCUCUGCCCCACCAUGGAUGUGAAAUAUACGCUAAAAAGUGGUGGCAAAUACUUUACUUUGAAAAAUAAUGAACUCUAUACUAAAAUGCCACUGGAUUAUGAGUACUUCAACACAACGAAUUUCGCGGUCACUGUCGGUUGUACGGUCAAAAUGAGUGAGGAGAGAGAGGUUACUUUCAAUAAAACGCUGCAUGUAGCAUUGUUGGAUCGCAACGACAACGGACCGGAGUUGCAACAAAAUGAGAAGGAGUAUAAUUUCGUGCUGGAUAAUCCACACUUUAAGCAGGGUGAACCUGUUGGAAACAAGAUUAUAUUCACUGACGAAGAUUCCCUGAAGGUGAAUGGAUAUUUAACUUAUCAAAUUCUGAAUGACACCAGUGAGUUGGUGCGUCCCGAUUGCACCGCCUACGAGGCCGAUCAUACAGGAAAACGAAACUCCAUUUUUAGUUGCCAAAUCAUAUUUGCUCGCAAUGGCAUACUGAGUCAACCAUCCUACUGCUUCAUUUUGGUAGCGAGUGAUAAUACAAUCCUUUCGAAUAUAACAAAAACAGCAACAGCGAAUAUUUGCAUACGAACCGAUCCUGGCAAAAUACACGAAGCGGAUCGACCGCGCGUCAUGGAGUUGCGUCAACAUCGUGGUAUGGGCCGGCGUUUAACCAACUCGGCUGAGUCGAUAUUGGAUAGCGACGAUAGGGGUUUCUUAACACCUAGCAUCCUAAGCACCUAUCCGAAGGAUGUCUUCAUCCAUCGCACUGCUAUGUCCUAUAGUCGUGUGGCACAGCCAGAGAACUUUCAAAGUUUAAUAGAAAUGUCGGGUGUGCAUUUCACAAUCGUUGAAGAUCGUAGUGGCGCUUUUGGUAUAACACCGACGGCUGGUAUUGUCUAUGUGAAAGACAAGUCGGCGUUGGAGCUUUCACCAGAAACAGUGUACUUUCUCAACAUAACCUGGCACGAUGCCUAUCCACGUUCAUUCGUCGUAAAUGUGCAUCUCGUCGAUGGCCAUGCCAACAAUGCCACUUGUGAACAGAAGAUCAAGUCUCGCAGCCAAACUUGCGCGCAAAUCAAAUAUCAGAAGCAAUGUACGAAAUUCUGUGGCCUCGGCACCAAUGGCGGCGGAUGUAAGUGGCGUGGUUCCAAUGCAGGUUUCUUCGGUCGUAAUUACGCUUCCUGUGUAUCCGAUGACACACAUUGUCCGGACAACAUUUGCGAUCCAUUGGAAGAGCUGAACACCUUCAUCUGUCCACAGGACUGCGUUGCAGCAGCCAAAAUUAUGGGCCCACACACAUCGAACAAUAAUAAACGUGGCGUUUACUCUGCCUCCGGUACUUGCACAUGUGAAGACAAUGGAAAAUGUUUGUGUGCACCGCUCGAUGAUGAGGAACCACGUCCGAAACGCAAGCGCAAGAAUGAAACUAAGCCAACUGAUGCUAACAAAUUGGCGAAGUUCGGUGGUUUGGAGGGUGCACUGCCUACUCAUAAUAAUUUAAAUAAUGAAAUGAUUGAACGCGAUGCUAUGAGCAUUCAAGUGGCUGGCUUCACGUGCGGCAAGUCGUGCAUCCUACUAGCCAUCACAUGCCCGCUUGUACUCAUCGUACUGAUUAUAUGUUUGCUUGCGUCACAACGCAAUCUUAUGCAUCGUACACACGGCAAGGAAGCGUUAUCACAAAAACCAUCUCCGAAUGGCGUUUGUGAUGCUCGUAACGGCGAUGUACCACUAAUGCUAAUUGAAAGCUGCUCGGUGAAAUUCGAUACAGAUGACUCGAAAUGGGAGUUCGAUCGGGAACAGCUGCGACUGGAUGUGGUGCUUGGGGAAGGUGAAUUCGGUAAGGUGAUCAAAGGUUAUGCGACCAACAUUGCGGAUAUACCGGGUGUUACUACAGUGGCGGUAAAGAUGCUGAAGAGUGGCGCCAAUUCCGUGGAGUAUAUGGCGCUUCUGUCAGAAUUUCAAUUGUUGCAAGAGGUUUCGCAUCCGAAUGUCAUUAAGUUACUGGGCGCUUGCACGAAAGGCGAUACGCCAAUGAUUAUUAUUGAGUACGCUAAAUAUGGGUCGCUACGCAGUUAUUUACGCUUGAGUCGGAAAAUCGAGUGUUCAGGAGUGGAUUUUACCGACGGUAUAGAGCCAAUAACAGUGAAGAAUAUUUUAUCGUUUGCAUGGCAAAUUUGCAAAGGAAUGGCAUACUUGACGGAGAUUAAGUUGGUUCACCGCGAUUUGGCUGCGCGCAAUGUUUUACUCGCCGACGGGAAAAUCUGCAAAGUAUCCGAUUUCGGACUCACACGCGACGUCUACGAAGACGAUGCCUAUUUGAAGCGUUCACGUGAUAGGGUGCCGGUGAAGUGGAUGGCUCCUGAGUCUCUGGCCGAUCAUGUCUACACCACCAAAUCGGAUGUGUGGGCCUUUGGAGUGCUCUGUUGGGAACUAAUUACUUUGGGUGCCUCGCCUUACCCUGGCAUACCACCGCAGGAUCUCUAUAAUUUAUUAAAAACUGGUUAUCGCAUGGAAAGACCAGACAAUUGUUCGGAAGAAAUUUACUCCGUUGUGCGCACUUGCUGGGCAUAUGAUCCGAACUCGCGUCCAUCCUUUAAAUAUCUCGCUUCACAAUUCGAAAAGCUACUCGGCAAUAACGCCAAAUAUAUAGAAAUGGAGUCGAGUGCUAUUUCCAAUCCAAUGUAUUGUUUGGAUGAAGCCAAAUUGGCCAACACUUCGCAGCCAGACUUAAACGUUUGCUUGGAGCAGCAGUGGGGCGAGCCAGAUUCGUUAGAUCAUCUCUGGCAACCACCAAAAAUGUGCUACGACACACAAGAAUGUCCGAGUAGCCGUGAACUCUCCACCACAUUUAGCAUGGAAUUUCAACAGCCACCACCUGGUUACGACGUACCGCGUCCACUCACUGAAAAUGCUGCCACGGAGCAGGUAUUACGUUAUGCGAACGAUUUACGCUUCCCGCUAAAUACACGUAAGUCGGUAUGCGCCGCUAGCACCACGUCGAAUAGUCAAAAUAGCAGCAAAGGUGGUGGUGAUGGUGGCGGCGAUGAUACAAUGGCGGCACACUACUCGGUGCCAGUAAAACAUGGACGCUCGUAUUUGGAUAUGACGAAUAAGACCUGCAUACCCGAUAAUUUGGAUAGUGUUGAUUUUGAAAAACAUCUUUCGAAGACAAUCUCAUUUCGGUUUUCUAGUCUACUGAAUUUAAAGGAACAAGGCCUAGGCGCUGUUUAAAGCAUUAAGACCAAAAGGGGUGGUGUUUAUUUAAAAUUUGUUUUUUCCUAGUGGUUUUAUAUACAUUUUUAUAUACCAUAUAGUGUGCAUGCACAUCUGUGUAGAAUGAAUUGUUGAUUAGUUUUAAUUUUACAUUUAUAAAAUUAGUUGUAUAAUUUAAGUUGACGAUGGAAGAAAUUUUUAUACGAAAUCUCGAUGUGUAUAUGUGUUUGUGUGUGUAUACAAUGCUAAGUCAAGCUGUAUUUGUUGCCAAAGAAAAUACUCUCGCAUUUAUUUAUUUUUUUUGUGUAGUCCAUAUGUUGUUUUAGGAAAAUUAAAGACUAGAAGGCACUUAAAAUAUGUUGCAAUUAUAUUUUUAGGGGUUACAUACGUCCAGAACUUUCAAAACGUCGAUAUUUCGAAAGUAUAGUAUCUUAAGAAUAUACUGUGAAAUUUUCAUGCGGAAAAUCCCAAUAUUAAAGCUUCUACAGCCCAUUAACUAGGUAAAGAGCGGUCCGCGCGCGCCAGUACCUCAAACUUUAAACUCGUUUUUCUCGAAAGUACUUUUCCCGGCACGGUCUGCAAGAUAACAUACAGUUUUCAAUAUUUUUUUAUGCGGUUUUUUUUUAAAUAUUCGAAAGUGUUUUCUCUAUAGAUUUGAUUUUUGAUAUUUUUAUUAAACAAUUUUAUAAACAUAAUUAAAAUAUGACAUUUAUAUCGUAAAACGCAUAUAUUUUUUUAAAUGCCGUAAAUUGAGAAAUUUUUCGAAAUUCAAAAAUCCAGCUCGACAGCCAUUUAUUUAUUUUAGAAGAAUUUGUUUACUUUUUACAGAUCCAUCAACAUUUAAAGGAGAAAUGAUGCAGACCGUGGAGCUAAUUUUUUCAUUGUACUUUGGAUCAUGUGAUUUUUUAUUACUAAUUUUUGUAAAGAAAAUUAAAAUAAAUUUUUUACAAAGUUUAAGUACUAAUAAACAAUGUAUAAAAUUAUUUUAUAUUUAUUUCUAUUGUUAUCCCUUCUAAAAACAGUUUUUCUUUUAGCGCUUUUUUGGCGCUGCUGGACGUAUGUAACCCCUUAAGCUCUAUUUUAGCUUUAGAUGACAUUUUAUGAACAUAUUUUUAAUAUUAGUUAACUGUCAAUAACUGUACUUGAGACUUAAUGUAUUUCAAUUUUAAAUAAAAUUACUAUAUAUUAACGUUGGUUUUCACAUAAAUGAAAAUAAAAUAUUUGUUAGCAGUAUAAAUUAACACGUUGAGUGCCGUCGUAUACAUGAAAUUUGUAUUCGCCAGA